UGGAGAACUUUGAUCUGUCUUGACGUCUUAUAAACAUUCACUUUUUUUACCAAGAGGCAAAGACAAAACAUAUUGAGAAGAGAUGGAAAAGAACGGUUCUUCAAUUUCUGUACUCAUGGUUCUUCUUUUUCUUCUUAGCUUCUUCUUUCACCAUACCGAAUCUGCUUUACCUGCUGAUCAUGAACAACUCUCAAUAACUGGUUCUAGUUUAGACCUGAUACUUGAGAUCAAGAAGGGUAUGGCGAGUAAGUUUGAAAUGAGUGAUUUAGGAAGGCUUACUUAUUACCUUGGUAUUGAAGUUUUAGAAGAAAAGGAUGGGAUCAGAUUGUCACAAGAAAGAUAUGCUAAUAAGAUUUUGGAAGAAACCAGUAUGAGUAAAUGCAACUCAGUUCUUAUACCAAUGGAAUUUGGUUUGGAGUUGUCUAAAGCACCACAUGAAAGUCGUAUAAACGAGGAAACCUACCGGAGGAAUAUUGAGUGUCUUCGGCAGGAGAAUUUUGGCGGUUUAUAAGCACAAUGGUGCCAUAGGAACACCCUCAUCAAGAAGUGGACGCGGUGGUGGUCACGGGAGGCGAUUGAUGAGUAUAUAUAAGCCAAAUGGAGACAUCUACACAAGACCGUCAAGCAGUGGACAUGGUGGUGGUCGCAUUCAUCAACAGUCCUCUCCUUAGCUUUUGAACUGUUCACAAAACUGGAAACUUAUCUUUUAUGAAUUGUGAUUUGUCUUUUAUGUGAUGAUCAUGAUUAUACCAUUUGUCUGUGUGUUUAGUCGUUGUUUUGCUUUGUUAGUUUGUCUUCGUUUCACUGUGUCAUUCCCGAUAACCAUACGCGUUUGUUAAUGUCUUUUUUUUUUGACUAAA